UGGUGUUUGAGAGAGAGAGAGAGAGAGAGAGAGAGAGAUGGGUAGAGCACCAUGUUGUGACAAAGGAAAUGUGAAGAAGGGGCCAUGGUCACCAGAAGAAGAUGCGAAGCUAAAAGCUUUUAUCGAGGAACAUGGCACUGGUGGCAACUGGAUUGCUCUUCCUCACAAGAUUGGGCUUAAAAGAUGUGGGAAGAGUUGCAGACUGAGAUGGUUGAACUACUUAAGGCCUAAUAUCAGACAUGGGGGAUUUUCUGAAGAAGAAGACAAGAUCAUUUGCAGUCUCUACAUAAGUAUUGGAAGCAGGUGGUCCAUUAUUGCAGCUCAAUUACCUGGAAGAACAGAUAAUGACAUUAAAAACUACUGGAAUACAAGAUUGAAGAAGAAGCUGCUCGGAAGGCGAAAAGAACUGCAGACUCGCAAUAUCUCCACCGUCGAUCAUGAACGCACCAACGAUCCGCAUUCACCGGCCUUAAGCUCGUCGGUACUCGAAAGAAUGCAACUCCACAUGCAACUGCAAAGCUGCCAAAAUCCUCUCUCUUUCUACAACAACCCUGAACUGUGGCCCAAGUUCCAUGCCAUCAGAGAAAGGAUCUCCAACACCCAAUUCGCCGAUCAUGGUGGUUCUUCAAUACAACAAACUCCCACUACUUCAAUCGAGCCAUCGCAGAAUGGCCCGUUCGAUGACCUUUCCAUGGCUCAAAUCCAUCCCACAAAAGAAGAAAUAGAAAAUUCCAUAAACGGGUUUUCGUCACCAAUGAGUCCCAUUCAAGCUACAAUGUCGAAAUUAAAGGGCUUAGAUCAAACAGCAGCUGAAUUGCAAUCUGAACUUAAUGACAUACUUUCCGGCAAACCGGGUAGUUGCUCCGGGCAGGAAGAUCAACUACAUCAAUUUGACUGUUUCAAAGAAAUGAUCGGCACGACGGACACCGUGAUUUGGUGGGCUAGUGAUCUCGACAUGAAACCAUCAUCGAAUUCUUGGAAUUCAGCUUCUGUUCUUCAGCAAGAGGGGAUGUUUCAAGAGUAUGAAAUGGGAUGUGAGCUAUAAUUACAACUAAUGAAAAAAGGAA